AUGGUAGCGGUGCAGCUCGUCAUUGGCAGCAACGCCGCCCGACGUCGGCAGCAACCUCGGACGCCCAUGGUAGCGAUGCAGCCCGCCGUCGGCAGCAAAGCCAUCGCAAAACUUUAUCUUAAAAAACGCGGAAAACCGGCACUGCCAGUCCCCGAGUUUCGGGUUAAGAACUUUGUUCUUAGCGCAAAACUUAACUCAUUUCUUCUUUUUCUUGAACAGGUCACCGCUGACACUCGGAAGGCCCUCUUCGAGGAGCUUUUAUGGGAGCACCGGGAGCUCGCUGAGGCACACGACAAGUGCCAAGUGAUCCCGGAAGCUUCCAUCGACGCUCUCAAGGAGCAGCUCGCCACGGCCCAACGGGAGAAGGAUGAGCUCAGCCGGCAGCACCAGGAGGAGCUGAACGCCCUCAAGACCAGCUACCAGGAGCUCAAGUCUCAGCUGAUUCAGCUGGGGCUUGACCACGAAUGA